GUGAGAGAGACAGAGAGAGAAAGAGAGAAAGAGAGAGAGAGAAUGCCAGUCUUGAUGAGCAGAGGUCGACUCCUGUUGACGUCACGCAGACACCGAGACCGAGAGAGAGAGAGACACCGAGAGACACCGAGAGACCGACACCGAGAGAGAGAGAGAGAGCAGGGGGAAAGGAGGAGGCAGAGAGAAUGGCUGCCCAGUGCCGCAGCUCCAAAUGCACCGUAGAAAGGAAAGGAUUCCGGCGGGAACUCGAUACCUGGAGACACAAACUGAUCAACUGUGUCGGGUUCGAGAGCAUCCUGGAGGGAAUCUAUGGCCCAUUACUACUCAGAGACCUCAAUAUUUUUGAUGACUGUGAACCAGAGGAGCUUGAGGACUGGGCAGUGAAGGCCAGUUGUUCCUUCUGCAGUCUGCUGAUCAAUGACCAUGUCCCGGUGGCCGCCUCCCCCCUGCCCUCCCCCUCAGACGACACGCCCUCCCAAGCCGCCUCCCUCUCAGACAGCAGCCUAUCAGCUCACAGGUUCCUUCACGCCGUGUUCCAUAAGAAGGAGCUGGCGUCCGGCGAGGACCCCGACGUCCCUCUGGUAGCCCAGGAACUGAUGAGGAGGAUGGUCCGGCAGUUUGCUGCGGAGUACGCCUCCAAGACGCGCCUCACCACCUCGACCGACACGGGCUCCCGGCGUCCGGACCUCGACACGCCUCUAGACCUCACUGUGACGCGGAACCAGGAGGAGGAACCCACACCAGCUGACACUGUGCUCGACCUCUCCAAGCGGAACUCUGCCAGCUCGGCCUCCACAUCACCCACCAAUCACAAAGCCUCAGGGUGAGUGUCUCUCCUCUCAUUGGUCCAUACUCCACAUCGCCCACCAUUCACAAAGCCUCAGGGUGAGUGUCUCUCCUCUCAUUGGUCCAUACUCCACAUCGCCCACCAAUCACAAAGCCUCAGGGUGAGUGUCUCUCCUCUCAUUGGUCCAUACUCCACAUCACCCACCAUUCACAAAGCCUCAGGGUGAGUGUCUCUCCUCUCAUUGGUCCAUACUCCACAUCGCCCACCAAUCACAAAGCCUCAGGGUGAGUGUCUCUCCUCUCAUUGGUCCAUACUCCACAUCACCCACCAAUCACAAAGCCUCAGGGUGAGUGUCUCUCCUCUCAUUGGUCCAUACUCCACAUCGCCCACCAAUCACAAAGCCUCAGGGUGAGUGUCUCUCCUCUCAUUGGUCCAUACUCCACAUCACCCACCAAUCACAAAGCCUCAGGGUGAGGUGUCUCUCCUCUCAUUGGUCCAUACUCCACAUCACCCACCAAUCACAAAGCCUCAGGGUGAGGUGUCUCUCCUCUCAUUGGUCCAUACUCCACAUCACCCACCAAUCACAAAGCCUCAGGGUGAGUGUCUCUCCUCUCAUUGGUCCAUACUCCACAUCACCCACCAUUCACAAAGCCUCAGGGUGAGUGUCUCUCCUCUCAUUGGUCCAUACUCCACAUCACCCACCAUUCACAAAGCCUCAGGGUGAGUGUCUCUCCUCUCAUUGGUCCAUACUCCACAUCGCCCACCAAUCACAAAGCCUCAGGGUGAGUGUCUCUCCUCUCAUUGGUCCAUACUCCACAUCGCCCACCAAUCACAAAGCCUCAGGGUGAGUGUCUCUCCUCUCAUUGGUCCAUACUUCACAUCACCCACCAAUCACAAAGCCUCAGGGUGAGGUGUCUCUCCUCUCAUUGGUCCAUACUCCACAUCGCCCACCUAUCACAAAGCCUCAGGGUGAGGUGUCUCUCCUCUCAUUGGUCCAUACUUCACAUCGCCCACCAUUCACAAAGCCUCAGGGUGAGGUGUCUCUCCUCUCAUUGGUCCAUACUCCACAUCGCCCACCAUUCACAAAGCCUCAGGGUGAGUGUCUCUCCUCUCAUUGGUCCAUACUCCACAUCACCCACCAUUCACAAAGCCUCAGGGUGAGUGUCUCUCCUCUCAUUGGUCCAUACUCCACAUCGCCCACCAAUCACAAAGCCUCAGGGUGAGGUGUCUCUCCUCUCAUUGGUCCAUACUCCACAUC